UUGAAAUAUUCAUACAUAAAAAUGCUUUUGAAAACGAUUAUUUUUAAUGACUAUUAAAUGCUUCUCCCCCAGGUCACGUGAUCAGAUUAAAAGAGGCUGCACAGCUCAUUAUCAUUUGACAGUCAGUCAGCAAGCCUAUUGUGUUGUCUACUCGAUUUUCACACUUAAUUCAGUGCAAUCGUGUUGAAUCCCUGUGCAGUAAUAAUCUGUAAGACAUAAGUGUUGUAAUGCCAUAGACAAUAGACAUGUGUUGCAUGCCGCUCUUAAAUAAAUUGCAUGUUAAAUGUCCGCCUUUGUUUAAGAAUGACACAAUUUCCCAGCAUCCGCAACCUAGUCGUACAAUAUGUCGUGUGUAUGUGAACAAAAGUGUACACUGUUGCAUAAAGAAAUCAUCUGCCUGCUGCAUAGACAUAAGGUGCCAUUUCAUCGCCGACGGAUAAGAAGCAUCAGAAAGCAUAUGAGGAACCAUAUGUGUACAAGUACAUGUAGCAAAUCUCAUUCAAAUUAAUGAUCACAUCAAGAUACAUUGAAGCACACAAAUCGAUGUCAUGUUCCGUCAACGUUUCCCCGAUUUUCCUGUUUUUCUCGUAGUCAGCCAUGUGAUAAACUAUGUCCCAUUAUCCUGGCUAUCCACCACCAUUUAACGCUGCAUGGACAACACACACAUCCACUAGAAGCUCAUUCCCGCUGGGUGGUCUUCACGUUCCCGCUCUUGGAUCAGUCACUGGACCUGCAGGUGCGUCAAGCUUCUCCGAGCCCGCUUAUUUGCCAUCCCUCUUCAGGUCGCCCUUGAUUGACCCACUCUCGCCUCUUUCCAUUGGUCAACAUUUUCAUCGACCCCUGCCGGCAUCAUCAAGAUAUCUGUCACCAGUUUCAGACUUGCACUUACCACCGCUCGGCUUGGAACCGCUGUAUGGGUUUGGGCCCCAAGAGCCAAGAAAUCUACUUCUAAGCCCGAAUUUUGUGUUUUCGCAGAAUCCUUCCCCUCUGACAUUUGAUCAGAUUUACCGAUCAGGAACAAGUUCAGUUUCGCCGGUGUCGCAAUAUAGAAGCAGUUUCGAUGAUCGGUCAAUAGGAACUUGUUUGAAUGUCCCAGGAAGGUUUAGUGAGCCCUUAAGACAGGAUCAGGUUUCAAGUUCCAAGUUUGUUAAGCCUGAUUAUCCUUUUGUUAUAGGCGCAAAAAGUUCAACAUCAGGUGAAUGUGAAAAUAAACAAGAGGCAAAAAUUUGGAAUCCAUUUGGAGAUGAUAAAAGAAGUGAAACUGAAAAACAAGAUAAAGUCACAUCUAAAGCAUGUUCUGCAUUCUCAAUUGAUGCAUUGACUGCAAAAAGUCACUCUGAAGAAAAAGAGCCCAAAUCUGAAACUGUUGACGCCAAUGGUAAUGUAACAAAAUGUGCUUCAGAGAAUAUUAAACUCUUGCCUGAAAGGCCAAAAGCGCAUUAUCCGAUAAGACCAGUUCCAGUUUUUAGCUCAGGAAUUUCAAGAUUGGUUAAUGUGAAUUCAAACAUUUCAUAUUCUUUAAACCAGUGUUCAGCCAUAAGUGGAUCACUAGGAAACUCAAGUGUUCAUAUUGACUUGACGGAAGCUGAUGAUUGUGUAUCUGAAUCAGUUGAUCAAUCUCAGCAGAUAAAAACUAAAGUUGAACAUACUGCAGGUGAAAAGAAUGAAUUGAGAAAUGACUCCAAUGGUGCUUUAGUUAACAUAACGAAAUCCAUUGAAUGUUCUAAGGGUUGUGCAAUAGAGGAAAAUAAAACAGACAAUAGGGAAAAAAAGGCGAAAAGUUCUGAAUCUGAUCAGACCAAUGACUCAAAAGAUAGUACUGCAAGUGAAAAUGUCCAAUUAGCGGAAAAUUCUGGUAAUAAGGCAUUCAAAAAACAUAUAGUUAAAGAUCUGCAUGUAAGUCUUCCAGUUUUGAGAAUUGAAAUACCCCAAACUUCGAAAGCUGACAAUUUCGGUGGUUUAAAAUCCCCGGAGCUUUGCUCACCAAAAUCUUGCGAAUUCAAAGUUACCUCCCCUACUAAGGGAAGUACGAGUAGAAAAGAUGAGUUACUGAUACUAAGUCAGCAAGUAAAUGAAGUGAGAAAACGUCGAAGGAGCAAGGAAUUACUAUCCCCCUCAUUGGUUUCACCAAACAGAAAGGGGAGUAACUCUGUCUCAGCAUCCUCAGAUACCAAAGUUCUCUCCCCUACCUUACUUUCUCCAAAGAAGGUAAAGAAGGGUAACUCUGUCAGUGCUAAAUCUAGUGAAUGUUUGUUGUCUCCCUUAAGUGAGAAUUGCAAAAAGUCAAAACCAAAGUGUUCAAAGGUUGUUGCACGGCGGUGGUCUUUACCGGAUUUUGUGAGUAGGCGAGCGCAAAAUAAGCGAUCCAGAAUGUCUUCUACUGAAGGUGCCAUAAGUAUGCUGAAAAGCACAGAGGACUCGAUGAGUGCAUCGAUAUCGAGCUCUCAUCUCACUGACUCUGACUCCGAUACUCAAAUGUCAAAUGACAACACGAACAAAACUUAUCCGGAAUCUCAGCCCCCAUUGAAUACUCAGACUGGUUUUCAGGAAAAUAGUGGACCGCAUGUACCAGUCGGUAGCCAAGGUUACCUCCCAUCUUACGGAGUUGAAGGAAUGAACAAUGACAAUCAUUACUACAAAAUGAAUCCCCCUCAGUUGUGCCAAAGUGAACCAGAUAAUCAAAAGCCAUACCCUUGUGUUCAAGGUCAACGCUUCAACGAGAAGCCAGAAAUCUUGCCACCCUACAAUUGUUAUGCUGCAAACCAAAGUCCUGGUAGCGUAUUACCCAGAGAGCCUAGCUUCCAUUCUCAAGAAGAGAACUCAAACUUCACGAGUAAUCUUCCGGGUGUCGAUUCGUCAAUGGAUUAUGAUGAAAAUUCUGUCAUGUCAGAUCCAGGACCAAUGCAUCCGCCAUCGAGAUGCGACUCUCAGUCAAGUGUGAGUAACGCGAGCCAGGAACCAGUCUUGUGUAAAGAUGGAAAUAACCAAGUUGCCCCCACGCAACCCUCUCAGGAGUUUAGUGUCCCUGAUGAGGGACAAUGGGAUUUUCUACACUCAAAGCAGUAUAUCGAAAACAUAUACAGUGGUCAUGGUUGUGAGGCUGUUAAAAGCGAAAGCGAUGAAAUUCGGGAGACUGAUUCGCCCAAGGUUUUCAUUGAUCUUGAUAAAACUACCAAAGAGAAAAAAGCUCAGGAAGGGACGAAAGGGAAUUCUAAAGAAGGGUAUGGUUCAAAGAAUUACGGGAAACAGUUUAGUAGGCAGGUUUAUUCUGCAGGGGGUCAAAGAACUGGUCUUUAUGGGAACCAAUCCUUUGAUAAUUAUAAUCACAUGGCUGGAAACCGGUGGGGAAAUUUCAAUAGGGGUGAUCCUCAAAUGGGGAGCCAGCCAAAUCAUCCAAGCGGCGAGAAUUUUAGCGGGCAGCAAUUUGACCAAGCACACCAAUACAGAAACAACUUCCAACAGCAGAAUUACCAAAAUAUGAGCCAGAGCCAAAAUGGUGGGGACAAGCCACAAUUAAACCCGUCGAAUUACCAUGGCAACGAGUAUAAUCAAAACGAGUCCUUCUACAAUCAAAACCCACCAGGGAAAAACUUUCAAGGUAACCAUGGAAACUAUGGUAACGGAAGGUACGAAAAUGGCUAUUACCAAAAUAGGGGAGGUAAUGAGUUUAAUUCUCAGAAUAACAUGUACCCGCCAACGUCAAAUGAGCAGCCGAGUUCGAGAUAUCCUAGUCAGGGUUUUAGUGGGCCACAGGGUAAUUACAGUCAGCAUUAUAAUCAGCAAUCCUCACACUGUCCGCCAGAGAACAUGGGUCAGUAUCACCCAGAAAUGUCAAACUUUAGCAUACCUAGAAAUGCUAGUCCAGCAAGCACUGGGUCAGAGUUCAAUAUGGAAGCCCCAGGUGUGGUUCCAAAGAAAAAAAGAGGACGAAAACGUAAAAUUGAUAAAGAACCGCCAGAUGAAAACAAGCCUCGACCAAACACGAUUGUUAUGGCACCUACCAAACUUGGCCCAAUGGUUGAUGUCGAUAAUCCAGAAUGCACCAUUGACACGUAUGACUAUAAUAAUCAGAUCGAGACAAUUUUUAAUUUCUCAAUUGAGGACGAUUUGUCUCCGAUCGGCGCUCAAUUUUUACAGAUUGAGCAAAGGCUAUGCCAGAAAAUGCUGCCAAUCAAGUAUGGCUACCCAGUGACGGUUAUUUACAGUCCCCUGACUUAUGCAUUUCAAACUCAUCGGGACUUUGUGGCCAAAUACUGUACCUCGGAGCGGACGCUUCUCUUCCUCGGAAUGAACCCUGGACCAUAUGGGAUGUCGCAAAAUGGGGUGCCAUUCGGAGAGGCAUGUGUGACGCGGGAUUGGCUGAAAAUCACAGGUGAUAUCUACAAACCAGAGAUUGAACAUCCCAAAAAGCCGGUCACUGGUCUUGCCUGCACCAGGAAUGAGGUUAGCGGUGCCAGGUUUUGGGGCUUGUUUCAAAAAGUUUGCAAAGUUGCGGAGAACUUCUUCAAAAACUCUUACGUGUACAACUUUUGUCCACUGGCCUACAUGUCAGAGUCCGGUAAAAAUGUCACACCCCCUCAGCUAGUGCAUUCGGAGCUUGACCAGAUAAACGAAACGUGCGAUGUUGCGUUAGUCGAACUCGUUAAACUGAUGAACAUUCGUGUAAUCGUUGCCGUGGGCAAGUUCGUCCAGCAACGAGCCUCAAAGGCGCUCCACAACGCCGGAAUCAUGAACGUGAAAGUGGAAUGUAUACUCCACCCAAGUCCCAUAAAUCCGCACGCAAAUAAGGGCUGGGAGCAGAUCGUGGCUAAGCAACUGAUUGAAAUGAAUGUGAUGCAUUAUCUAAAUCCAGAUAUGGAGGACGUCCAAAGAUGUAUAGAAGAAUGGGAGAGAAUAGCCCAGAGUAACAUUAAGAUACCGCCUAUCGAAAAGGCUGAUUAUUGAAAAUACUGCCUAUUGAAAAGGCUGAUUAUUGAAAAUUCUGCCUAUUGAAAAGGCCGAUUAUUGAAGGCGUCUUUUUGAAAAUACAGCCUAUCAGAUGGAUGAUAAAAAAUGCCGCACAUAAAGAAGGCCUAUUGUUGGAAAACUGAUCAUUGAAAAAUCGAUUAUCAAAAAGAUCAAUUAUUGAGUGUCAGUUGUGAAACUUUGCUGAUGGAGCAGCGCAUAACCAUUACAUAGGAAUGAACUAGUUACUUAUUUCUUGGAAAUUCAGUGUGUGUAAUUGUUUAAGAGAUAUUAAUGAGAUUGGUUUAGUGCAUAAGAAAGAAAAAGGUGGACAGUUUAACUGCAAUUUAUGUUUUAGUAUUUCUAGGGCCGAUUGUUCAGAACUUUGUUAAAGUUAACAACGUGAUUAACGGCGUUGUUGUUAACUUUUAAACGUGAAAUAUUUGAUGAUGAGCUCAUAUAUUUUUUUAAUAUAAAAAAACAGCUUUAAUACUCAACUGUCCCAAAUCUUGUUAGAAAUACAGCAGAUCACAAGUAUAUCCAUUCAAGAGCAAUGAAAAUACGAAAGUUAACAAAAGUAACGUUAAUAACGCUGUUAACUAUGAACAAAAUUCUGAACACUCAGUCCCUCAAGUUAUAUUUGGGUGGAUAUUGCCAGGUUGUGUACCUUUGCUCUUGUACAUGUAAUUGAAUAGAAAGAAACUACAUGUACGAUAUCUGUACCUGUAUUAAGGUUGCGUUUACAAAGAAUCUUGAUAUUACAGUGUACAUAACACAUUGUUCAAAUACACUUGUUAAUACAUUUACCUUGUAAAAUUUUAAUUAUUUUUGUAGUACCGUGUACUUUGGCAUUACGUAUUUUGUACAAUAUUAGUUCUUAUUUACCGGUUUCUUUUGGGUAUUAUGUCUCAAAACCAUUUGUGAAUUUCACCGAGGAAUGUAAUCGCGUUACAUGAUGUCAUUGUUUUUCUACGCAAUCUUGAACUAUUUUAAAUGAUGAUAGGGUUUUAGUUAAAAAGUAAUGGAAGGGUGCUGCACCCUGUCCUUUGUUGGUUGCUCCCUUUUACCCUCAUGGAGACCAGUUUGUGAACCCGUCUGCUUACAUAGAAUUUAAAGAAGCUUCAAAUAUUUCAAGUUGUUUCUUUUUGUUGAUUAAAACUUAUAAAAUGAUUAUAAAUAUUUACAAACUUACUAUAUCUUGCAGUUUAAACCUUAUACUACUUCAAUUAAACAUAUUUCUAACAUUUUCUGUAAAAUUCAUCAAAUUAAAGCUCUUCACAGCUUGAUUACGGAUUAAUUGUGACCUUUUCACCCUUCGGAUCAAGUACAUGUUCCGCAGCACUCUGGCCUUUCAAAAACUAAGGCCCCAUUCCAAUAAAGUGUAUUAUUCGAAAACCUCAGGAUGCUAAGGAGUGCGCAGGGGAUACCCGUGAAGUUAUGGGCAGAAUUUAAUAAAAAUGUGGUAAAUGACCUUACGAUAUUUUUCUUGAAACUUAUUUUACGCCAAAAACGAGGUCACGCCUGAAAACUUAGUAUCUUGAUUGAAACAGGGCUCUGACUAAAACCUUAUCAUCAUAAAAGUUGAAGUAUUUAUCUAAAUUUGUUAGAUAUUAGGCCGAUUGUCUGGAACUUUGUUAAAGUUAACAGUGUUGUUGGGGCCAUUGUUAAUUAAAGUGGAAACAGUUGUCUCAAAUUUUGCAAGAAAUACAUUAGAUCUCAAGUGUAUCCAUUAAUGAUUAAACUUCCAGUGCAGUAACGAUAUGAGAGUUAACAAUGAUGACGUUAAAAACGUUGUUAACUUUAACAAAGUUCUGAACUAUCGGCCGAUAUUCAUUCUUAUGCCAUUUGAUUAAUACUAGCUCAUGUUUGAAUGUCCAGUAUUACUACAGAUACUUGUAUAAAGUGGUGACCAAAUAUUUCAGCAUUAUUUCAAAACUUGUGUCGUGUAGAUUUGUAAAGAUGAUGACUUUUAUGUUCAAAAUAUUUUUACAUUUAAAUGUUAUAAACUGUUCUUACAUACCUAUCUCAGAUUCGUUAUAAUAACGAGCGAUUCAUUUAUCACAUUUUCAAUUAAAUGUUAUAUAUACAUCGUGCAUCGUUUUAUACUGCAUGUUUCUAGCAAUACUUUUAGCAUUUGUUGGCCUAUUUGUGACAUAGGAGACAUUUUUAUUAAUCUUAUGAAAUCUGUCAUUCAAAUGGUGGUAUGUUAGAAAUUUUGAAAUUAUUUUGAGAUCAGAUCUUCAUGAAACUUAGUCGGAAUAUUUGUCAGGAUGAUAUUAAUUAUGAGUGUUAGUAUGAGUCAUCUCUGUAAAAAAACUAGGUCACUAGGUCAAAUGUUAAGAAAAACAAUUGAAUAUGUCUUAUUCCUUCCAUAAAUUCAACAUUGUUGAUCCAAUCAUCUAAAAACAAAGUCAUAUUUCUCAGCAUGCUACUUAGGACCAUUGUGAAUAUGGGUCAUCUUGGGUUAAAAAAAUGGGUCAAUUUUCCCAACUGAAGGGCGGAUUUCACAAGAAUUAUUCUCUGUAAAUGAAAAUGCAUACAUUGGUGCAAAUUUAGGUUGUGAAGUAUGCAUAUAUGUACCCCUGUUUGUAAACCUGUAUUGUAAAAUAUUUCAUCCCUCAAAAAAAACAUUCUAGCCUUAGUUGGCAUCUAUGCCAUGAAGCUUCUGUAUUAACCUAGCACGUAGGCAGGUAGCCAGAUAAGACUUCCCAGUCAAUAGCCAAAUUACUGAUAAGCAGUCCUUAUUUGUUGAGGCCCUUCUAAAGGUGACUUCAAUCAGGUCAAAUUUGCAUUUUGUAAGCUAGUGAGAAUUUGCUCUUUCAGAAAAUGAUUGAUGUUUGUUGAGAAACUGCUAGCAGUGUAUGCCAAACACAUCAGACAACAGGACAUUGUUGAUAGGUUUACAGAUUGUCCUGCAGAAAUGAAAAUUCGCCAGACAUUUUAUCUGGCAUAAAAACACCAAAAUACUUGUUUCCUGCGAAACAAUAAUUACAUUGGAAAGUCACUGUGACUUCUCUUAACUAAUAUUUCAUGCAAUUUGCACUGAGAUUUCAUGCACACUCAACAGACUCAAUUAAUUAAUGAAGGCAUCAAAUAAAAAAAAAAUGACCAAUGACCAUACCUCCAUUUUAUCAGAAACAAGUCCUGCAUAAGCCACAUGGAUAUCAGACAAAAUGUCCUGUAAUCUCAAAGAGAUAUAUGCUGACCAGUGUAAACUAAAAACCAUUUGAUCUGACUUACAAUUUAUCAUGCAUUCAUUGUUCAGUCGGCCGCAAUAGCUUUAAAUUUUUAGUUCAACUUUUAAUUUGUUUUGAACCAAUAAUUAUUAUAAGAGACUCUCAUUUGUGAAUGUUUUUUCUAAGAGUCCAUCCAAAAAUAAAACCCUCUGUGUUUGAAAUUGAAAAUUCAAUUGUCAACAUUUCUUUUCUUUGCUACAUACAUAUCAAGAAUAGAAUUUCAAUUAACCAAGCAGAAAAUGAUGUGUAACUUAGCAACUGUUUUAUUUAAUAAAAUUGACAUGAUAAAUCUUAAUUUAACAUGGCAUAGAUAUCAAGCAAGGUUAGUGCAUGUGGUUAAAAUGGCAUUUAUUUUCUUGUUUUUUGUGUAAUCUACAGUAUUUUCUGUCUUCGACAAUAGUUUAUGUAUAGUGCUGUUACUUUUAAAUCCAUGACAUUUUUUUCCUUGUUGUUUUUUUCCCCGAUUUUUCAUCAAAUGCUUUUGGUGUUGUUUUUAUUGAAUGAAAUCAUGUUUAAAUGGAAUUUAAUUUGUUCAAUGCAUAAUGAAUUAUUGUUAAAAUACUUCAUGUAUAAUCAUGUGGUUUGUAUGUGCUAGUUUUAAGCUGCACUCUCACAGCUUUGACAACUUUUUCAUUUUUGUCUCGAAAUGAGCCAAUUUUUGGGUAAAUAUCUGCAAACCAGUAAUAUAAGACUGCUGACAAAAGAUCAGAUAGCAAAUUUUCAUGUUUCCGCUCAAAAAUUAAUGUUUUAUUUCUAAAAGCGUUACUAACGGUUUAAGAAAAAUGCAUAAAACAUCAAUUUUUGAACUUAAAUAUGAAAAUCUGCGAUCUGAUUUUUUGUCAGCAGUCUUAUAUCACUGGUUUCCAUGCAUUUUUGCAUAAAUUGGCUCGUUCCAAGACAAAAAAUAAAAAAGUUGUCAAAACGUUCAAUCUGCGAGAGUGCAGCUUUAAUGGAUAAAUAGUAAGCCUUUGUUCAGAAGCACUCAUGAAUAGCAGAAAUCCGUUUUGGCCUACUAUAAAGAUAUAUUUAGAUUGUCUGUUUUUUUAGAAGAAUAUAAUUCGAGGGGUUGUCAUAGAAAUGGUGUCGUCUUUGGUGUUGCCAUUCCAAAGUUUUCCAUUAUAUUCAAAACCUGUUAAAAAAUAUUGAAAUAAAUACACAUGAUUUAAUUGACAAUGGGACCAUUUUAUGGGCAUUUAGGGUAUGGACAUAUAUCAAAAGAUCUGGAUAUUUUGUUCAAUACUUGGCAAAAUGAAAUGUCAGAAAUUGAAAUAAGUUUUUUACUUAAUUUAAAUAAAAAUAAUAUAACAUUUGGAGCAAAACUUAUUAAAAUAUUAUUCAUUAACACCAAAAUAACUGAUUUGAAAAUUAAUCUUCCAAAAAGCUUGUGAAUAAGAUCAGCCUCUAUAUGCAAAAAUGACUAUGUCAAGCAAUGCCCAUCAUUUAAACUUUAAUAAUUGUUUAAUUAUGCCCCAUGAUCUAUUUAGAAAAAAACAAGUGAGCGUUAAAAUCCUCUUGCUGUUCUAGUUGUUAAUCGAUUAUAUGAGAAUAUGGACACUUCACAAAAUUUGCUAUAUUUUUGACAGUGUCUAAGUAGUUGCUAAUAUGCUGUACGUCUUGCCAAAACCAGUUUUUCUUCCAUGAAAUGGAUGGAAUAGUAGUGAUUGAUUAUGUUAGAUUCACAUGUCAAAAUUAUGUUUUUUUGUUAAAGACGAAUUUACUUAAAAUACAUUUGAUAAUGUUUUGUUGACAAUGUUGGCAAGAUUUGAAAAUAAGAUGUAUAACUGAUAAGUUUUUAUAUUGUUAAUGUAGUUUUAGCGUAGAAGACUGAAUUGUUAGCGCUCAAAAUCAAAAAUGUUCACUUCUGGUCCUCUUUUGUUUGUUUCGUUUCUUUAACUGGUGCUAAAUAGAAAAAUAAACCAUGUCUCCGUACUAUAAGUUAUGAAAUGCUACCUGUUUUGAAUGUCUAUGAAUUUUUUGUCUCAUAUGUUUUUAUUCAAACUGAUUGUCAAAAAAUAAUGUUUAUAUUUACUUGUUUUCACAAGUUAUGGGUGACCUUUUAACGGGUAAAUUAAGAUAUGUGUGUUUGUACUAAAAACUGUGUGCCUGUCCUGUGAAAGUCAAUUCUAAUCCUAUAAUCCAGCAUACAUGUAUAAUAUAAAAAGGAGAGUUUAGUUUGGGUGCCAACUGAAGGAACUAUGGUUCAUUUUAAUUUGCAGCAAAGUUUGAUGAUGGUCUUAUGUAUGUAAUUGUUAGAGUUUGAGUAGUGAAAUUUGUACAGAAAAACUCCCAAUUUAGAAAAUUGCUGUAGUUCAAUCGAAAAUUCAUGGAAGACAAACUAAAAUUGAUAUUCGAAACAUCUUGAACGAUUUGUCCCCCUUCUUUCAACUACAGAGUAUCAACUUCUUAUCAAGCCUGAAUUUUAAGCUAUGCAAAGGACACAAUGGGCAGAUAGUUCACAACUUUGUUCAAGUUAACAAAGUGAUAAAGGACAUCUUUUUCACUUUAUAAAUAUUUAUGAUGUGAUCAUAUAUUUAAAAAACACACACUUAAACAUUGUCCAAAAACCUUGUCAGGAAUAUUUCAGAAUAUAAGUAUAUCCGUGAAACUUCCAGUGCAGUAAUGAUUUGAAAGUUAACAACGGUGAUGUUAACAGCAUUGUUAACUCUAACAAAGUUCUGGCCCAAUGAAUGUAGUUUAUUCAUUCUGCAUUUUUUAAUGAACCAUAUUAACCCUGUAGUUAGUGCCUCAACUAAAUAUACUUGUGCUAAUUGUAUCGUUCAAAGCAAAAAUUACAGUGUUAACAAAAUUCAAAAACAUCAUCAUUUACUUUUUCAGUCCAAAGAAAAUUCCUGACCUAUGUACAACGCUUUGCAUUAUUUUCUGGACUUCAUUUUUGACAACCAAUUGAAAUUAUAAAUCAGUUGAGAUUUUUGCAUGCUGUAACAAAGCCCAUUUUGAUUUGUGUGUUACCAAGCCUAAACCCAAAGCCCCAAAAAAUACCAAUUCUUUUUUCCUUGAUCAAGCUUUACUGUUUUGUUUUUAUGUCAUUUUUAUGUUAUCAUUUUCCAUCUUAUACAUUCUUUUAGGUCUUUCAUUUUUACCCUGUUUUUGAUUUUUCCUGGUUGUAACAUUGUUUUAUUUUGUAAAUAUUUUUUGCUUGUUUACAAUUUAUUUGUUUGCAUUUAUUUGGCCUUGUCUGGCAUCAUUUGAAUUUUUAGUGAUCCAAUCUUAUCUUGUCUGUAUUUCGAAAUAGAAAAAAGUCGAGGUCAUGUCUUAGCCUUGGUGUCCGAGUUGUCGUUGUGAAAAUAUGUUAACCUUGGCUAUAACUCGCAAACUAUUCUGAUGAAACUUGGUACACAUGUUGCCAGAGACAAUAUGCACAUUUUUAGCAAGGGACAUAACUCCGGCUUUAAUAAUUAUUGAGUUAUGCAUCUUGUUUGGUUAAAAAAAACACCAAUGACAGACGCGAGUUGGCAUUCGCUCUUCAAGAGAUGGCGUUUGCUCUAAAUGAGUUAACAUUCACAACACAAGUUGGCGUUUUCAUGUUAUGAUGUAACAUUUCAAAGAUAUGGAAACAGACAAAUAGCAGCUCAGGACUGUAGGCAACAUGAACAUAAAAAACAUAAUUGUUUAAAGUUUUAAAUGUAUUGUACAAGUUUUUACAACACAUGUCUGUUAUCUUAAGAAUUUACUUAUCAUUCAAAGUGCCAUGAUUAAAUACUCUUUCGUGUUUUCUGUGUGUACAAGAUCUGAGCAUUUGCAAUUUUUCUUCGCAUAUUUCAUUUUAUAAGUUAGUGAAUUUUACUCAUAUUUCUCUUCUGAUACUAAACAUGUAACCCCCCUUAAAAACCAUUUCGAGGACUAAGCGCAAUACUGUUAUAAGGCAUUCUUUUCCUAUAUUGAGUUAGAACCAUCUUGUGCUAAGCCUGCGAUUUCUUUUAAGGAAUAAACUAUUGUUAUUGUAUUUAGUGUUUUACAUUUUUCCCUGUUAAACUUAUAAAACAAAAGCAUGGGUGCUCAUUUAGUCAAAUUAUAUUGAAUGAUUUUACGCGUUUGAUUGUUUUUAUCAUAAACCAUACAAUUUGCAAUCAUAUGUUUAGAAUUAUUAUUAUUACAGUUGUGUAUGAAAUUUUGUUAAUAUUAAUAUUGUUUAUGCAUGAAUUUUUGGUCCUUGUAAUAAUUUUCUGUCCAUUUUAACCAAAGACUUGCACCUCCAUCUUUGUGAUGUGUUUAUUUCCAAUACUUAUGCUUGUAGUAUCAUUUAUUUUGUAUGUAAUUAAUUAAUAGUAUGCUUUAGAAGCUAUUUACACCAUUUUUCUUCUGAUAUACACAUUAAAAUAUAACAUUAUACAUUAAAUAUAUACUUUCGACUGCCAUGCAAUUGUUGGCGAAACAGCUAUUCAAACUUUCAUUUAUUAAAAAAAUCAAUUUGUUGGUACGAAUCGCAUAGUAUCAUUUAAAAGACAUGUUUUUUUUUAAAUUCAAACAAUAACAAUUCACAGCUUUUGGAGAGAGAAAAAAUGAGGUAAAUUUAUUUAAGAAACAAGACUAGAAAUGUCCUAAAAUUUGGCCAGUAUAUACAUUUAAAUUCAAGAUCUGAAACACAGCUUACAUGUCGAGGGAAAUACCUUUAACCAUUUCACAAACCACUCUGGCUGUUCUCUGUAUUUGCUUAUUAGAACUGCAUUGCAUUUGUGAUAACAUUUGAUUUCAAUUCUUUUUAAUGACCUAACCAUUAGCAAUCAACUAAGUUCUGCAUAGAUUGUUCAUUAACUGGCUUAUUAAAUUGCUGACCAUGCUUUCAAUUAUUUUGAGAGAUUUGAAGCGAAAUCAUUUGUAGUACAAGCAGGAUUGUCUAAAAUUUUGCACAGACGUCACAAAAAGACGUCAUUAUACAUUUUCAUGUUUAAUAAAAGGGGUCAGUUUUCUGUACUUGGUCGAUAAAGGUUAAACAUUGUCCUACUUGCACAGUUUAACAAGUAUGUUAAUUCCAAUCAUGUUAUAAGAACAAUCGGAAUUUCUCAAGUUAAUAGUUAAUAGUCAUUGAUCUCUAAUUGGGUGCCGUUAAAUUUAAUUAAACAUGAGUUUUUUAGUCCUUAAUUUUUGAUGGUAUGUCGUCAGUGUGAAGCAUCGAAUCACCUGAUUGUACUGUUCCCAUUCCCACACCGUAAGUGCUACAGCUAUCAAGUUGAUAAGACACGCUUUGUCCUAAAAUCAUGACUAAAUCCUUAUCAUUGUCACGGCUUUGCAAUUUGACCCGUUGCCUUCACAUCUAGAACACCACACUUAAGUUCAGUUUUAUGGUUUUCAUAGCAUAUGUAGGGCAUCAUAUUGUUGACACAUGGUUUUAAGCGAUAUAGUUCUAUUAGUCCGAAAUAAAAAAAAAAACAGUAUUGUUGGUUAAGUCGAUACGCAAAAGCCACACAAAUAAAAUUGGUUUGCCAAAAUGUUGCCAAACCAAAUAAGCUCAUUUAAUAGUAAGCAAUGUAAAAAAGUUGAUAACGCUAUUCGACCAAGGGCGCUGAAAUAGUUGUAAUUGAACAAAUUCAGCCCUUAAAAUAGUGGUGGUUUAAGGUAGUUCCCUUGCCUUGGUCCUUUUGUUAUCAUAUUAGUGGGGCAGGAACCCUCUUCAUCCCAUAUUUGUGUUGUGUUCUGUAUGUCAGAAGUUGUGAACAAUUUAUAUAGUAUAGUAAAAAUCUACUGAUGUUGUA